AUGUCGAACCUUCUCAGGAUCGCAGCUGCUGCUGUGUUAGCGGUUGCUGCGGCACAAGUUGUCAAUGUGCCAUUGACCAAGCGCGACCUGACCUACGAGCAGACCGUGGCAGCCGUUCACCAGGGUGCUGAGAGGUGGGAGGCCCGUUUGGAUGGUGGCAAGGAUGACCCCAUUGUGAUUGAUGACUACCAGAACGCCCAGUACUACGGAGAGAUUUCCGUGGGCACACCUGGCCAGAAGGAGAUGGUGAUUUUUGACACUGGAUCUGCAAACUUGUGGGUGCCAAACACCAAACCAUUCCUGUCUCAGAAGAACAUCUACGAUCACUCGAAGUCCUCGACCUACAAGAAGAAUGGCACCACCUUUGCCAUUCAGUAUGGGUCUGGUCCUGUGUCUGGUGUUUUCUCAGCCGACACCGUGACUAUUGGUGACUUGAAGUUGCAGGACUACACCUUUGCAGAGGUUGACAAGACGUCUGGCUUGGGCUUGGGAUAUCGUCUUGGCAAGUUCGACGGCAUCCUGGGGCUGGGAUGGGAUUCCAUCUCGGUGGGACAUGUGCCAACACCUAUGAAUGCCUUGGUGCAAUCUGGCCAGUUGCCUGAGCCAGUCUUUGCAUUCUACCUUGGCAACAAGCAGCCAGGUGAGUUGGUCUUUGGAGGUGUUGAUCCCAAGCACUACACCGGAAGCUUCUCCUUCGUUCCUUUGAGCUCUGAGUCCUACUGGGAGAUCAACUUGGACGGCGUGAAGCUGGGAUCAGACUCCGUCUCCAGCACCAAGAGUGCCAUUGUGGAUUCUGGUACUUCGCUCUUGGCAGGACCCAAGUCGGAGAUCUCCAAGAUUGCAACAAAGCUUGGAGCCAAGUCCGUCUUGGGCAGGGAGUAUGUGGUGGACUGCAGUGCCAAGUUGCCAGACCUCACAUUCACCCUGGGUGGCAAGGACUACACUCUGAAGCAGGCAGAUUUGAUCCUGCAAGCAUCGGGUUCUCAGUGCAUUUUGGGACUCACUGGUCUUGAUGUGCCUCCACCCCGUGGUCCUUUGUGGAUCUUGGGUGACGUGUUCAUGCGCAAGUACUAUGUCCAGUUCGACUGGGGCAAGAAGCGUUUAGGUUUUGCAACCGCAGCACAGGCCACGGUUGUCAAGAUGCCAUUGACCAAGCGCGACCUGACCUACGAGCAGACCGUGGCAGCCAUUCACCAGGGUGCUGAGAGGUGGGAGGCCCGUUUGGAUGGUGGCAAGGAUGACCCCAUUGUGAUUGACGACUACCAGAACGCCCAGUACUACGGAGAGAUUUCCGUGGGCACACCUGGCCAGAAGGAGAUGGUGAUUUUUGACACUGGAUCUGCAAACCUGUGGGUGCCAAACACCAAACCAUUCCUGUCUCAGAAGAACAUCUACGAUCACUCGAAGUCCUCGACCUACAAGAAGAAUGGCACCACCUUUGCCAUUCAGUAUGGGUCUGGUCCUGUGUCUGGUGUUUUCUCAGCCGACACCGUGACUAUUGGUGACUUGAAGUUGCAGGACUACACCUUUGCAGAGGUUGACAAGACGUCUGGCUUGGGCUUGGGAUAUCGUCUUGGCAAGUUCGACGGCAUCCUGGGGCUGGGAUGGGAUUCCAUCUCGGUGGGACAUGUGCCAACACCUAUGAAUGCCUUGGUGCAAUCUGGCCAGUUGCCUGAGCCAGUCUUUGCAUUCUACCUUGGCAACAAGCAGCCAGGUGAGUUGGUCUUUGGAGGUGUUGAUCCCAAGCACUACACCGGAAGCUUCUCCUUCGUUCCUUUGAGCUCUGAGUCCUACUGGGAGAUCAACUUGGACGGCGUGAAGCUGGGAUCAGACUCCGUCUCCAGCACCAAGAGACCCAAGUCGGAGAUCUCCAAGAUUGCAACAAAGCUUGGAGCCAAGUCCGUCUUGGGCAGGGAGUAUGUGGUGGACUGCAGUGCCAAGUUGCCAGACCUCACAUUCACCCUGGGUGGCAAGGACUACACUUUGAAGCAGGCAGAUUUGAUCCUGCAAGCAUCGGGUUCUCAGUGCAUUUUGGGACUCACUGGUCUUGAUGUGCCUCCACCCCGUGGUCCUUUGUGGAUCUUGGGUGAUGUGUUCAUGCGCAAGUACUAUGUCCAGUUUGACUGGGGCAAGAAGCGUUUAGGUUUUGCAACCGCAGCACAGGCCACGGUUGUCAAGAUGCCAUUGACCAAGCGCGACCUGACCUACGAGCAGACCGUGGCAGCCAUUCACCAGGGUGCUGAGAGGUGGGAGGCCCGUUUGGAUGGUGGCAAGGAUGACCCCAUUGUGAUUGACGACUACCAGAACGCCCAGUACUACGGAGAGAUUUCCGUGGGCACACCUGGCCAGAAGGAGAUGGUGAUUUUUGACACUGGAUCUGCAAACCUGUGGGUGCCAAACACCAAACCAUUCCUGUCUCAGAAGAACAUCUACGAUCACUCGAAGUCCUCGACCUACAAGAAGAAUGGCACCACCUUUGCCAUUCAGUAUGGGUCUGGUCCUGUGUCUGGUGUUUUCUCAGCCGACACCGUGACUAUUGGUGACUUGAAGUUGCAGGACUACACCUUUGCAGAGGUUGACAAGACGUCUGGCUUGGGCUUGGGAUAUCGUCUUGGCAAGUUCGACGGCAUCCUGGGGCUAGGAUGGGAUUCCAUCUCGGUGGGACAUGUGCCAACACCUAUGAAUGCCUUGGUGCAAUCUGGCCAGUUGCCUGAGCCAGUCUUUGCAUUCUACCUUGGCAACAAGCAGCCAGGUGAGUUGGUCUUUGGAGGUGUUGAUCCCAAGCACUACACCGGAAGCUUCUCCUUCGUUCCUUUGAGCUCUGAGUCCUACUGGGAGAUCAACUUGGACGGCGUGAAGCUGGGAUCAGACUCCGUCUCCAGCACCAAGAGUGCCAUUGUGGAUUCUGGUACUUCGCUCUUGGCAGGACCCAAGUCGGAGAUCUCCAAGAUUGCAACAAAGCUUGGAGCCAAGUCCGUCUUGGGCAGGGAGUAUGUGGUGGACUGCAGUGCCAAGUUGCCAGACCUCACAUUCACCCUGGGUGGCAAGGACUACACUCUGAAGCAGGCAGAUUUGAUCCUGCAAGCAUCGGGUUCUCAGUGCAUUUUGGGACUCACUGGUCUUGAUGUGCCUCCACCCCGUGGUCCUUUGUGGAUCUUGGGUGACGUGUUCAUGCGCAAGUACUAUGUCCAGUUCGACUGGGGCAAGAAGCGUUUAGGUUUUGCAACCGCAGCACAGGCCACGGUUGUCAAGAUGCCAUUGACCAAGCGCGACCUGACCUACGAGCAGACCGUGGCAGCCGUUCACCAGGGUGCUGAGAGGUGGGAGGCCCGUUUGGAUGGUGGCAAGGAUGACCCCAUUGUGAUUGACGACUACCAGAACGCCCAGUACUACGGAGAGAUUUCCGUGGGCACACCUGGCCAGAAGAAGAACAUCUACGAUCACUCGAAGUCCUCGACCUACAAGAAGAAUGGCACCACCUUUGCCAUUCAGUAUGGGUCUGGUCCUGUGUCUGGUGUUUUCUCAGCCGACACUGUGACCAUUGGUGACUUGAAGUUGCAGGACUACACCUUUGCAGAGGUUGACAAGACGUCUGGCUUGGGCUUGGGAUAUCGUCUUGGCAAGUUCGACGGCAUCCUGGGGCUAGGAUGGGAUUCCAUCUCGGUGGGACAUGUGCCAACACCUAUGAAUGCCUUGGUGCAAUCUGGCCAGUUGCCUGAGCCAGUCUUUGCAUUCUACCUUGGCAACAAGCAGCCAGGUGAGUUGGUCUUUGGAGGUGUUGAUCCCAAGCACUACACCGGAAGCUUCUCCUUCGUUCCUUUGAGCUCUGAGUCCUACUGGGAGAUCAACUUGGACGGCGUGAAGCUGGGAUCAGACUCCGUCUCCAGCACCAAGAGUGCCAUUGUGGAUUCUGGUACUUCCCUCUUGGCAGGACCCAAGUCGGAGAUCUCCAAGAUUGCAACAAAGCUUGGAGCCAAGUCCGUCUUGGGCAGGGAGUAUGUGGUGGACUGCAGUGCCAAGUUGCCAGACCUCACAUUCACCCUGGGUGGCAAGGACUACACUCUGAAGCAGGCAGAUUUGAUCCUGCAAGCAUCGGGUUCUCAGUGCAUUUUGGGACUCACUGGUCUUGAUGUGCCUCCACCCCGUGGUCCUUUGUGGAUCUUGGGUGAUGUGUUCAUGCGCAAGUACUAUGUCCAGUUUGACUGGGGCAAGAAGCGUUUGGGCUUUGCAACCGCAGCACAGGCCCAAGAAUCUUCCGUGGUGGUCAUUUAG